AUGACCAGCAAAAGAACACAAGAUAAAUGCAAUUCUUCGCAAGUACCUGCAUCUGAGCAGGUUCCAGUUACACCGGCACAAGAAGAUAAUGAACCUGCCAAAAAGCGACGUCGUCGAAUCCUCUCCUGCGACGCUUGUCGGCGACUCAAGACGAGAUGUGAAAUCGAGUAUGGCUCAGACACUUGCUCGAGGUGUCGAAACCUGAGAAUCACCUGCUUGAAAAGCGAUGAUCUUGAGAAGCCAAGUGGCUCCAAUGAGACCAAUGCAAAUACACAGUCAGAUCUCGUAAAAAGUCUUCAUGAAAAGGUUAUGAAUCUUGAGAGUUCGAUGCAGGAAAUGAAAACCCAAUUAGCAAAGCUCCAGUCUCAGCCUCAGAGAGAACCGAUACAGCCACGAACAGAACAGCAAAUUAUCUUACCUGCCAUAUCAUCCAAUGAUCGAGUCCUAGUUGACCAAGUCGAACCGGCGGACCAACACGUUCAUGCUUCUCCUGCCGAAGUCAUCAGAAGGGUGGCUUGUCAAGUAGUAGGGGACUACAGAAGAGCCUUCCAUACCAAAGAAGAUGUUGUGUCGAUAGGGAUGCUAAGCGCUGCAACUGCAGACUCUCUGGUCAAAGCGUAA